AUGACAGAUAUAGAAAUAGAUGUGGAGAUGCAGCAGAGUGUGAGUGAUGACCAAGCAGAGUGUCCCUCCUCCACAAAAACCGAGGAGGAAAACAGACUCGGGUGCGGGGAUCAGAGGAAACUGGGUCGUACCCCAAAGUGCGCCCGCUGCAGGAACCACGGGGUGGUCUCAUCCCUCAAAGGACACAAGAGAUUCUGCAGAUGGAAGGACUGCCAGUGUGCCAACUGUCUCCUAGUAGUGGAGAGACAGCGUGUGAUGGCAGCUCAAGUGGCCCUCAGGAGACACCAGGCUACAGAGGACAAGAAGGGAAUUUUGGGAAAGUCGAUGACCUCGGAAAGAAAGGCACUCUAUCAGAGGUGUUUUCAACCCAUAUGCACGUUGGCAUCAAGUAUCCUCCGGGGGUAUCGCCCUGUCCCAGCAGACUCUUGCUUAGGAGGAAACCGCUUUACGUCUCCACUCCUGAGCGACCGUAUGAGGAAGAGGAGGGCUUUUGCUGACAGGGAGCUCGAGGCAGUCAUGAUGGAGCGGGAGCACAGAGAGCGAGAGAUGCUGGUAUCGGCAGAGGGGGCUGCUCCCUCCCUCUGCUCUUCCAGCAGCGUGGGCCACGUGGCAGCAGCCUGCUAUUCCUCCAGCGUAGACGUGCCUUUUAAAGGCCUUGGGGGUGCGCAUCCCAGGUACCCGGGCCUGUCGGCGCAAUGCAGCGCUGGGAGCAAAGAGCUGGUGACUUCCGGUGUGAGCAUGGCCGCCUCUUGCCAGCAGUGCUCAGUCCCAGCCAGCUUUCUGAUGUGGCCGAGCUGCACCAGAGAGGCUCUCCUUUACGGGCAGCACCUCCUGGACAUUGCACCUCUCCAAGGGGCCAAACCCAGGGCCGUGCCUGACCUCAGAGCGCUCUCUGCUAUGGAGAACCGCUCGGCACCCAGGGACUCACAAGUGACGCUGGGGACAGGCGACCUGUGGAAAGCACGGUUGCACACUCACAGAGGUCUUUCUCAAACCGCGAACGAGUGGUCACCCAUGCCGAUGUACAGGAGCUUCCUUGUACCAGUGUCGCCCAGUGUAGGUGUUCAUGCAUCAGAGAAGGUGAGGGAAGACAGUGCACAGGUUUCUGCGUACUCAAGUGCUUUCCGCCCUAUGGUCCAGAAGAAGCUCCCUGAUGUUUUGGAUCCCAAAUCUCAGACACUACACUACGAAAGGAUUCCUGCAGAAGCGCCAAGAAAAUACAUCCAGAGCCCUCCUGGAACAAUCCAGAGUAACAGAUACACUGAUAGAAAUGGAAAAGGUCUGGAAUUCAACAGAAUGGAAACAAGACUUUCGUCCACGGAGACUUUAACUUUUUCUGUUGAAUCAAUCCUGAAACGACCUUCAGCACCAGCAAAUGGGACCAGUCAGUAA